GACCCCGGAGAGGCGCCUCACUCGCGGCUGCCUAUUUUAGUCAAAGCAGCCUCGGGCGCCGCUGCUGCCUAAAGAAGGCGCGGCUCAAGCGGGGCGCUUGCUUCCUUCCCUCCAGCCCUUGGCGGGCAAACUUGGGGCAACGAGAAGGAGAGCCCUUCCACCCUCAGAGAGAUCAGUACUGUUAUGGAUCCAAGCAAAAUGUAAAGUUGAAAGAAGAGACCUGGAAAAGUAUCGACUUCUGAGAAGACCAAUUUUUUUAAUCAAUGAAUAUUAUAUCACUGCAGCUUUUCAACCCAGAAAAUGCAUGACACUAUGGUAGUGAGCUAACAGUGAAAGCAACAUUUGGAAAAUGAUAGAACCCUUUUCUGACUGAACCAUAUUUAUACAAGAAAGGUUUUGGAGAUCACAGAGAUGGAUGAUCAAUCUAGUAUUGCAGUAACAGGAGACAACACAAGCAUUUGGGACAGUUUGAUAUUUGCACAUCCGAUCUGUGUAAACUGGAAGUCAGAAACAGAAGGAUCCAUCUAUCACCUAGCAAGCAUUUUGUUUGUUAUUGGCUAUAUGGGCGGAAGUGGGUUUUUUGGCCUGCUCUAUGUUUACUUUUUACUUGGACUGGGAUUUCUCUGCUCAUCUGUCUGGUCCUGGCUGGAUGUCUGUGCAGCUGAUAUUUUCUUUUGGAAUUUCAUCCUGUUUGUGAUAUGCUCCAUACAAUUUAUUUAUGUAACCUAUCAAGUCCGAAGUGUGGCCUUUGACAAGGAAUUCCAGGAGCUUUACAGUGCUCUGUUCCAACCUCUGGGAAUAUCACUGACUGUUUUUAGGAAAAUUGUUGUGUGCUGUGAUGAAGAGGUUAUUACACUGGAGAAAGAGCACUGUUAUGCCAUGCAAGGCAAAACACCAGUUGAUAAACUCUCUUUGCUUCUUUCAGGAAGGAUCAGAGUGACAGUAGAUGGAGAAUUUCUGCAUUAUAUUUUCCCACUUCAGUUUCUGGAUUCACCUGAGUGGGAUUCACUGAGACCCACAGAAGAAGGCAUUUUUCAGGUAACUCUCACAGCAGAAACAGAUUGUCGAUACGUGGCUUGGAGGAGAAAAAAGUUGUAUUUACUCUUUGCUAAACACCGAUUCAUUUCGCGUCUCUUUUCAAUUCUCAUUGGGAAUGACAUUGCUGAAAAGCUUUAUGCUUUGAAUGACAGACACACAUGGGGUCGUGGCUUUGGCACCUUCAAGAUGAACACUAUGGAAGCCAGUUCAAUUACAGUGAUGCCUUUUAGUUCUAUGCCAGAUCUCAGAAAUGCCACUUCCGUGCCUUUGAAUGAAACUGUAUGUGAACACUGGAGAGAAAUCCACCAUCUGGUUUUUCAUAUGGCCAAUAUCUGUUUCGCAGUUGGAUUGGUUAUUCCAACUACUUAUCAUCUUCAUAUGAUUGUCCUGCGAGCCUUGCUAACCAUAGGAUGUGCACUUUUUAUCAUCUGGGCCACACUUUUCCGCUGUGCCCUGGAUAUAAUGAUCUGGAAUACAGCAUUCCUUAUUCUCAACAUUCUGCAUUUUUUAUACUUGCUAUACAAGAGAAGACCGAUAAAGAUAGAUAAAGAGCUCAGCAGUCUGUAUAAGAGAAUGUUUGAACCACUCCAUGUGCCUCCAGAGCUGUUUCAAAGGCUAACAGGUCAAUUCUGCAAUAUUCAGACACUAAAAACAGGCCAAGCAUAUGCUGCAGAGGACAAAACAUCGGUGGAUGAUCGAUUAAGCAUUCUGCUAAAAGGAAAAAUGAAGGUCUCCUAUCGAGGGCAUUUCCUGCAUAAUAUUUACCCCUGUGCCUUUAUAGAUUCUCCUGAAUAUCGAUCAACUCAGAUGAAUCGGGGUGAGAAGUUCCAGGUCUCCAUUACUGCUGAUGAUAACUGCAAGUUCUUAUGCUGGUCUAGAGAGAGACUUGCAUAUUUUCUGGAAUCGGAGCCAUUUCUUUUUGAAAUAUUUAAGCAUCUUAUUGGAAAAGAUAUCACAAAUAAGCUGUAUUCAUUAAAUGAUCCAACUCUAAAUGACAAGGCAUCCCAAAAAAUAGAUCGGCAGCCCAGCCUGUGUUCACAACUCUCUGUGAUGCAAAUGAGAAACAGCAUGGCUAGUUCAAGUGAUGGGGAAGAGGGCUUGCAACAUUUUCUUCGUGGGACUACCUCAGCCUCCUCCCUCCGUCAACCAUCUCCUCAUUUAAGGACAUCACCGAAAAUGAAACCUAUUGAAGAAAGUGUUGAGGAUGAUGUCUUUGAGCCACCAUCUGCCAUACCAUCUAGAUCUCGCCAGUGAUGUCACUGGUCUGAAUUCAACUGAAUUAGAUAAGCUGAUCACAAGCAUUAUAGGCACAGAAGACAUGCUGAUGAGAUUGUAAAAGUUAAUAUAACUGGUGUGUGUGUUUUAUUUCACUUUAUUUUGCUACCAAAUGACUAUGUGAAGAACGGUGAUAGACUGACUUUAAACAUUUUACCUGAAAAUAAGUCCUUUUUGUUGCAGUGGGGCUUUAAGCUCUGUUUUGGACCACUGUGUGCUUGCAUCACUGGAAUGCUCCACCUUUGUGAAUAGAGAGGGGAGUGCUGUCUGUGCACACACCACACACACAGUGUGCAUGUUGAGACAUCACACACCUAACUCCUUUUGUUUUGUUGAUGUAAACAGUGCUCAUCAAUUAGGUAUGUCCAUCCAAGGGUAUUAAAAGAACUGGCAAAUGUAA